AUGAACGAGUUUAUUGCGUAUGGCGCAAUCUUGUUUUGUCACUGUCUUAACGUUAUUCUUGCCUCUUCCCAGGCAAUUUCCAUAAAUCAUAUGGAAGCAGGGAACCAAACAGCUAUUUCAAAAUUCUUCCUUCUGGGGCUUUCAGAAGAUAUAAACCUGCAGCCCCUCCUUUUUGGGCUGUUCCUCUAUAUGUACCUGGUCUGUGUUUUAGGGAACCUGCUCAUCGUUCUGGCCAUCAGCUCUGACCCCCACCUCCACACCCCCAUGUACUUCUUCCUCACCAACCUGUCCCUCACUGAUAUCUGUUUCACCUCCACCACUGUCCUCAAGAUGUUAGUGAACAUCCAGACACAGAGCAACGCCAUCACGUAUGAAGGCUGCCUUACCCAAAUGUGUUUUUUCAUGAUUUUUGCUGGAUUAGAUAAUUUGCUACUGACCGUGAUGGCCUAUGAUCGGUUUGUGGCCGUCUGUCACCCCCUGCACUACCUGGUCAUCAUGAACCCUAGCCUCUGUGGUCUCCUGCUUCUGCUUUCUUGGUUAAUCUGCCUGACAUAUUCUUUGUUGCAAAGUCUGAUGGUUUUGAGGGUGGCCUUCUGCAAAGAGACAGAAAUCCCCCACUUCUUCUGUGAACUUGCUCAGAUCCUCAAGCUUGCCUGUUCUGACACCCUUGUCAAUGACAUCCUACUGUAUUUUGUAACUGGCCUGUUGGGUGUUAUUCCCCUGACUGGGAUCCUUUUCUCUUAUUCUAGAAUUAUCUCCUGCAUAAUGGGCAUUUCUUCUGCUGUGGGGAAGUACAAAGCCUUUUCCACCUGUGGGUCCCACCUCUUGGUGGUCUCCUUGUUCUAUGGUGCAGGCCUUGGGGUCUACCUCACUUCUGGAACAGCCCAUCCAUCCAGAAAGGGUUCAAUAGCCUCAGUGAUGUACACAGUGGUCACCCCCACGCUGAACCCCUUCAUCUACAGCCUGAGGAACAGGGACAUGAAAGGGGCUCUGAGGAGACUUUUCAGGAGAGGAGCUUACUUCCAGUGAUAACCAAAGUUAAAGACGGACAACAGAGAUCAACAGUGCUGAUAACUGGUGUCCUUGAAUAUGUAAUCUGAAGAAAGGACAUAAAUACUAUUAAUGGUUUACUAGAAGAAAAACACUCCUGAACACAGACGUGAAGUAGCACACCAAAAGUCUUGUCAUACAUCCAAGAAAAAGAAUGGUCAACCAAUAACUACACUUCUCAUGA